AUGGCCGACUUCGAGCCCAGAGUAUUCCUCUCGCCAUCCCUUGCAGAACCAGACACCAACAGCGGGGCCACACUGCCCUGGCUCGGCCCAGACUACAACAACGGCAACAUCAGUUUCGAGACUCAAUUCCAGGACUGGCAGAUUGAGAACCCGGCCGUGGUGCUGCAAGAGGUGCUCGGCGAGUUGUGGAAGAAAGUCGUCGACGGGAUCCAAGCCGAGUUCGGCGGGCUGCCCAUGUUGUCCUUGCACACUGUAGCGACCGCUGCAGCGCAUACCGACACACGAUCACCAGCCUCUUCCAAAUCCUCAUCUGGCGUGACCGUGACCGUGACAAGGACCGAGGACGUGUGCCGGUGCAACAGUUGA